AAGGCUGCUCUGUGGCGAUCGGUGCUGCUCGAGGCGACAUUGCAACUCGGGAGAGCAGAGGUUUGGAAUUGCGCAUCGAGCACGAGGCGCCGGAAGAAACUGGACAGUCGAGGGAGUCGAGGAAAGAUUGGGUUAAGAAAAUCCUGCCGCACGCAACGAACCGAGCGUUGUUUCCAGUGCUGGUCGUGGUGUGAGUUGAGCUGAGCUGCGAUGGCUACAGAAGCAGCGAAGCGAGCGGGAGUGCACGUCCGUCUUGCAACCAAGGCCGAUGUGCCCGCCAUCAAGCGACUGAUUGAGGCCCUUGCUCUGUAUGAGAAGCUUCCGGAACAAUGUCAUGCUACAGAAUCUGCUCUCGAGUCGAGUCUCUUCCGCCAGCCUCCUUUCGAGGGUGUUACCGUGCUCAUGCUCGAGCUCGAUCCCCUGAACUCUGGACCCGCGGUAGCCGAGGAUGGUCUCGACAGGUCGAGUGGCGAGCUAGCGUACGAGGAAAUCAAUCUGAAAGGGGUCGAGGAUCCGGACGAUGCUGCAUUUGUAUCUUCUCAUGACGAGACGCGCACAAUUGUUGGCUUCACACUUUUCUUUCCGAAUUACUCGACAUGGUUGGCCAAGCACGGGAUUUACAUCGAGGAUAUCUAUGUCCGAGAGGCUUACAGACGCCAAGGCCUUGGCACAAUUUUGCUCAAAACUGUCGCACAGCAGGCUGCCCAGCGGGGUCUGGGCAGAGUCGAGUGGUGCGUGCUGGAUUGGAACGUCAAUGCGAUUAACUUUUACGAAGGCAUGGGAGCUACUGUCAUGCCUGAAUGGAGAAUUUGCAGGCUGACCGGUCAUAAACUGCAGGCGUAUGCAUAGUGCAUUAGGUCGAGCUAUUUAGAUACUCAGUGUGCGUUGUCUCCAAGCUGUUCCUCCUGGAGAGCCUCGCGAGACGGUUUAGGAUCCACCCCUACAUUUCUAUACAGGUGUCGAUUUUCCGUCUGACAGAGAACAUCGAGUAAGUGGGCUCUGAUGGCGACCUGAUUUCCUCCUUCACAUUCUUUAAGCUGACGUAGUCAUCUGAUCAGAUCAUUUGAAGCAGGUGGGUUGUUGGGCCACGUGAUCAGCAGGAGCAAUCUGGUCUACUCAGGUCCCUAAGACCUUUGUCAUCAACUUUCCCCAUACUUGAUGUCAUAGAGAUUCGUACAGGAGGCAUGAUUGUGC